UCCCCUUCCUUCUCCGCCCCACGUGCCUCCAUCUGCGCGUUGCGCUCACCAAGAUGCUGCUGGCCCGGGCUCUCCGCCGCGCCGCCUUCGCGCUGAGCCCUCUCCAAGCGCCGCCGCUGCUGCCGCGAUCGCUCUGCGCGCCCUUCCUGCCCAGCCCGGCGGGGGUGGCUGCUGCAGCGGCGGCCGCCCGGCCCUUCACCCGCUCGCUGUGGGCGCUGUGCGGGCAGGGCAGCAAGGGCGGCCCCGGCGGCCUCCUGCGCGGCAGCUCGCCGGCGACCACCUGCGCCUGCGGCGGACUCCACACGGAAGGUGACAAGGCUUUUGCAGAGUUUCUGAACGAUGAAAUCAAAGAGGAGAAGAAGAUCCAGAAGCACACAGCCUUGCCCAAGAUGUCUGGAGGCUGGGAGUUGGACAUCCAGGGCACGGAAGCCAAACUGCUGCGGAAAGUAGCCGGGGAGACCAUUACCAUUUCCUUCAACAUCAACAACAGCAUCCCGCCAAGUUUUGAUGAGCCCCAGGAGGGAGAGAAGUCUGGCGAGCAAGAGCCAGAGCUCACGUCGACGCCAAAUUUUGUUGUGGAAGUAACGAAAGAUGACACCAAGCAAAUGCUUGUGCUGGAUUGCCACUACCCUGAGGAGGAGGUUGGUCACGGUGAUGAAGAGGAGAGUGACAUGUUCUCCAUCCAGGAGGUCAGCUUCCAGCCCUCCGGAGACUUGGAAUGGCGGGAGAACAGCUACACCCUCAACACAGAUUCUCUUGACUGGGCUCUGUACGACCACCUGAUGGAUUUCUUGGCCGACCGGGGGGUAGACAACACAUUCGCAGACGAGCUGGUUGACCUCAGCACGGCGCUGGAGCACCAGGAAUAUAUCCGCUUCCUGGAAGACCUGAAACGCUUUGUCAAAUGUCAGUAGAUUAAAAGAGCGAUACGGGAUCCCACCACCACCGCCUCGGCCUCUCUUUGCCGUUCUUCUGCCUUCAAAGGCUGGACUCUUGUCUCUUCUGUUUUUUCUUUUUAAAGAAUUGGAAAACCCGGGGGAACAAUUUAGAGUUAAAGCUUUAAAGUGAGGGUUGAGCAACCAUCAUGGGAGGAGAACCAAACCAAGCCAAAGCUGCAUCUCUGGCACUGCACUGUGCAGUCCAACUCUUAGGUUUAGCGUUCAGUGGCCACCAGGGGUUUUGCUACAUUUUGAGAAGUAAGGUUAAAAUGUGAAAAUAAAACCAGUUGAAGACUUUUCUGUGUGGAACGAAA